GAGGGUAUAUAAGACAGUACAUCGUCUCUGUCGUCAGUGUCGCUGUGGGCUCACUGUUCCAGCAACUGAACUAUUUCUCAUUCAGCAUGCAGGAUCACAAUCACAAACGGGCUCUUCUCGCCUGGUGCCUGGUGUUUUUGGUGCUUGUCCAGCAGGUGACCUGCAAUCCUGUGCCAAAGUCAGACACACCUUCAACUUCUGUGCAGAAAGUUCAAAGGUCACUAAAGAGAACAGCUCGAAUGACCCCAUUAUGGAGGAUGGGCACUAAACCUCAUGGCGCCUACUGCCAGAACGACUAUGAGUGCUCCACAGGAAUAUGCAGGAAAGGCCACUGUUCCUACAGCCAACCGAUUAAUUCCUAAAAUGAAGACUCCUUCCUUCUCUGAUCUGACGUUUUUACACCAUCGUGCAUGAUGAAAGCUUGAUUCAGUGAGCAGCAGGAGGCAACCGAAUGUGCAAUGCAGUUAAUCAUCAGUUAGACAUAUAGUAAGCAAUAAAUGAGGCAAUAGGUGAAGUUCUGAAGAUUGUGCUUAUCAUAAGGUACAUGUGGACUAUUUUGAGAGUGCAAAGAAAAUCAACAGAAACCUCAUAAUCUACCUGCAACAGUGAUAUUGCUAUAUAAAAGAAGCAUUAUUAGUGGGAUUUGCAUGACAUUUAUGAUAGACGUAUGUG